AUGGAUUUUGCUCAGUCUGAAUUUGAAGCUGCUUUAGCUUCCAAACGUCCACUAAUAAAACAAAGUUUAACAGGUUUAAUUGAUGCUGUUGAUCCAUCUGAAUUGCCAACAAUAUAUCGUUCGUUAUUCUAUCGAUUAAAUAAUCAUUUAUUUAACUUAUCAUUUCAUAAUCAACAUGUAGAUACAUUUCUUUCGGCAAAACAAUUAUCAUUUGAUUUACAUGAACAUUUUAUAAAUAAAUUUAGUGCAUUACAAUCUACAACAAUUAAACAAUUACAACAAAUUUUAAAAAGUCUUCAACAACAACAACCAUUAACACAAAAUGAACUUAAUCAACGGAGACGUUCUCAACAAGGUUAA